CUGUGAACAAGAACGUAGGAUUGACAUUAAGUGUUCAAACCUGUAAAUUGUAAUUGCAAACUUUCAUAUUCGAUAACUUAUUACUUUAUUACCGUAAUGGCCGGAAAGAAAGAAAGUGUGCUGUAUGAUUCUCGUACCAAUAGAGCUUUAGCUUCUGACCAACAGCAUCAUGACAAAGAGAAGUUGAAAGAAAUGAUAUCCCGAGUGAAGGAAGUUGUAUCAUCCAGAAGUAAUGAUGAUAUUGUACUAGUGCUCCAGUAUUAUGAUUAUGAUGUGACACAAACCAUUAAUGCCUUUAUGGAAGAUGGUGCCUCUGAAGCUUUGAAAGAGUGGAUUUGCAAAGGAAAUGUUAAUAAAUUUAAGCCAAAUAAUAAAAAUAAGAAGAAAAAGAAAAAGAGGGCAAAGAAAGAUCUUGGAGCCCAAAGUCAGCUAUCAACAUCUCAAGGCAUUGAUAUUAGCUCUGAAUCAGAUGUUAAGGAUAGAGAUCUUGUUUGUGAAAUUGAUGUAAAUAACAGACUAGAAAAUGGAGAUACAGAUGAAGUCUGGCAGAGAGACAAGCAGAGCUAG